AUGUACACAGCAGCUCAGGCGAAUGAAGUUCUCCGCCGACACAUGCUAUUUAUCAGCGCCCCACUAAUCACAGUGGUUGGAGGUGAAUUUGCCUCAUUUUCUACAGGACGAGGCGGUGUGCGUAGCGGUGGCGCUAGUCAGCAUCAACACCAACCGUUUUCACGAACAAUUCUUGUGGAUGCGAAGAGUGAAUCUGUUCAACAUGCAUCGAGACAUCUUGAAGUAAUGGAGAGGCAGGCGCCUGCAGAAAGUACGGAAACGCUUCGGGAGGCACUUAUCACAUGUUGCAGUUCCACCCAGCGUUUUUCCGUUCCUCAGGUAACACUUGUAGAACUUAUUCGUUUUUUUUAUGAGCAUAUGAAGUAUCAUGCUGAUAGUGAAGGGACUAUCACAGGAGAAUACAUUCUCAAAUCACUUUCCCUUUUUUUUCUCUGUGAGCGUCUCGAAGCAUAUAAUCGUUAUUCCGUACCUCUUCUUGAGAUUGGUGUGCUUCGUCCUUGUGAUAUAAAUUAUCGUAGUCAAGGAAAGUUUGAGACAACACGUUUUUGUUGUACUGAUUUGGGUUCCCUUAACUUAUAUGUACUUCCUAUACGUGAGAUUUUAUCUCGAUUUACAUGCAUCUUCUGCCAUCAAUCUUGUGUUGAGGGUAGCAAUGAACUUAUUUAUUUGAGUCAUUCUCGCUGGAUAUUUUCCCCUGAACCUGAUGAUCACAAAAAUAAUGAUUCCUUGAAUUCUCCUUUUAGUCCCUUUCCAGAAACUUUGCGUCGUAUGUUUAUUGGACCACUCAUGCAAUUUGUAACAUCUUUUUGUAUUGCCGACUGUAAGAUGCAUAAUAUAUGGGGUAGUGACUGUUGUAUUGUUCGUCUUGAUGGUGUUAAAAUAGCUUUGUGUUUGUUGACGCUAAAUAAUGCAUCAUUAAUGACUAUUAACCCUGAAAAAGGCGUAUUGGAUCGGUGUGAUUGCCCGACAACAUUAUUAGUUGGGUUCCCUGAUGAAGUUUCCGAUGCCCAUAUACGAUUGGGUUUGCAACGCAUACUUUAUGUUAUCGAGCUACGAGAGGGUCCACGAGGGCAACUUGGUUCCUUAAUUGAUCAAUCACCAGAGGACUUUAGACGUUGGUGCCGUUCUAUAGGAGACCAAAUUUUUUACAUGACAAGUUUUCUCUUCUUUAAUAUGCAGAAUAAUAGUUGUAUGUUAUCUUUACGACCUGAUUGGGAGUUGCUGUUUUUAGGAUUAUCAGAAAAUUUUUUUUCUAAAAAGAAUAAUUCUGUAUUUGGUUUUAACGAGUCUCAAUUACCAAAUCUUCCCGUGCGAGCAUCUCAAUUGUCACGACAGGUCUUUGCAUUGGCGUCUGAUUUGCGUUGGAGCUUCGAAAGAUGCAUUGCGGAGCGAGAAACCAUUGUUGGGUCGUGCUUUGCUAGUGUUUUAUUGGUGGGUUCGCAAAUCAUCCUUAGUGACUGUCACCCUUAUGUUAGCUCGUUGUUGCAAAUCAUUUCUCACCUUGAGAGACACAUUGGUGAUGAUAUUCAACUUCCAACCGACGCAUUCGCUGACGAGUCCUUUGGAAAUGGUGGAGACAGUAGUGUAGUUCCUCGUCUAUGGAGUCAUGUUAUUAACACCCUGUCUCAUGGGUCCUCUCUACGUCUUGCUUGGCGGUAUCUACCUGCCUCUGUUGCACGCCUUACGCGGUGCUGGGAUGGACCGGAUGCACGUGGAUUCUUCUGCCGCUCCGUCACUGUUACGAUGGGGUCUGUGGAUCUCGUGAUGCUUCUUCUUAACCCGGUAGGGGAAGAGGUGCAAGAGGUAGUGGGAGCGGAAGUAAGGAGCCGGAGGAGUUCCCCAACAGUGACGGACCAUCCCGUGUGGGUGACACUCGCGGAUGCCUGCAGUCGAGAGUUGUCACGGCGGGCAGAAGCCAUGGCGCUUCUUGCCUCCACCGCCAUCCCCGACAGCCGCCGCCCUCCCUCCCCGCCCGCCCUGCUCGGACAAGCACUCAGUCCGCCUCCACGAUACCCGGAGGCUGAUACCGUAGACUCUGACGUCUCACACUUCGCAGAUAUACCUAUUACACGUGUAGUUCUUGGACGUACAGCUUUCAACAAUAAUAAUAAUAAUAAUAAUAAUAAUAAUAAUAGCAGGGAACGUAGAGGAGAUUCUGCCGUGUACUGCCGUCGAGUGGCUGGAAAGGAUAUUGUUUUUUCUGAUGCUAGACUUUCUGCCUUUUGUUCUAUCGAAAACUACUUUUCUUCCCUUUUUGCAACCAAGACAGGGGAAGGUGAUACCAUAGUAUAA